CUUUGCUGUUGCAUAUAGUGCCGCGACCAUGGCCAAGUCUAAGAACCACACGGCGCACAACCAGAACCGCAAGGCGCACAGGAACGGUAUUAAGAAGCCGCAGAAGCAUAAGUACGCCUCGCGCAAGGGGAUGGACCCCAAGUUCCUGCGCAACCAGAGGUACGCCAAGAAGCACAACAAGAAGGCGGAGUAAGCGGCCAUGAGGAGGCCUACAGACGUGUCUUUCCUGGCUAUCGCCAGCUGUGGCUGUGCGGCACCUGUGUAACGCAGUUCCUGGACCCAUGUAGACCCUUUUUCCCCGGGGGCUGCGAUUGUGCAUGUGAAAACCGUAGGAGCCAUACCCAACCUUUUCCGAAUGGGUUGUGUGGUCGGUUUCGGAGCCGUGGGGGCCCCACCAUGUGGCGUGUGCCCCUAGACGGCGCGUCUUGUUUUCCAGACUUGUGCUCACCAAAGUUAGGGCAACAUUAACACCCUUGACGGCAGUAACCAUCAUGUAUAG